GUCUGUUUCACUUGCCAGCUGCCAAUCUUUUCACCGAGUCAACUGAAGCAGUGCUCCCCCCCUCACAGUUCCGGGCCAACAAAAUAUACAAUAUACAAAGCUGAACACCACCAUCCUCACACACAAAACCGGCGGCGGAGAGGAGCAGCCAAUAUGAAUCGCCAACGCAUCAACCAGAUGCGACAGAUGGACCGCGGUCAGGAGGGUCUGCAGCAAGUCCUCCACAUGCAGGGUCAGCCACAGGGUCAACCGCUGGGCAACCACCACGACCACCAGGCUCGUCGCAAGACGACCUACACCAGAACGGAGAUGCUGACGCGUGGUCUGCCCUCGGUUCCAAACACCAAUAGAUCGGCGCGAAACUGCGCCACAGCUGGCCAGGAUUGGAGCAGUCAAAUGUCGCCGAAACAACGCUACACACAAGCACCACCACCACACCCACCAGCAGCAGCAGCGAAGGUCGGGAUGACGACCACGCCACUGGUGCAAAGCACCAAUGCCACCAAUAAGAACAACAGCACUCUCGGCAGGCAACGCAGCUUUCUGCCCCGUGUGGCUAGAUUGCCGAACAAGGCGGACAAGUCGCCCGCUAGGACACUAAAUCGCACGGUUCGCGACACCGAGCUCCUGGUGGAGCAGUCCAGACCACAGCACACAGCAACAGUGGGCAGCAAUCAGAAGGGCGCGCAUUUGAUGAACACACCGCAUGGCAGCGAUAGCAGCAUGUUGGCCGCCAGUGGAGAGAAUCAACUGAUCAGCGACAGCAGCAGCUCGAUGGAGAACCACAAGAUCAAGUUGGCCAAGGCCAUUCGCCUGCCGGAUGAGCAGAACAAGAGCUUCGUCUACGUCUGCAAGCCGGUGAAGAAGGUGAAAGCCCUGCUGACGGCCCGAAGAUUGCGCACCAGUUGCGAGCACUUGAAUGGCCUGAAGGAGGGCGAGUUUUGCCUGCAGGACGAGGAGACGUUCAAGCUGCAGAGGACCAUUUCCGAGGAGGCACUGCACAGCAGGGGCGCCGGCGAAGGAUACACCCUCUCGCCGGUCGAGGGCCUCGCGCCGACAUCGAGCACCUCCAGCCAGCUGGACAGUCCCACCUUGGCGGCCAUGCUGCAGCGCCAGCAGCAGUUCGAGGCCAAUGCGGUGUGCAGUCAGGAGCGCUUGCGCGUCCAGUUGCGGGAGGUGCGGCAGCGGCAGCGACAACUGCGCCAGCUGGAGCAGGAUCAGCACCACCAGCACGACAAGGAGCAGCGCCAGCUGGAACUGGAUCAGAUGUGCCAGAACUUGCCCGCCCUGCAGCACGAGAUACACAUGCUGCAGCAGUUGAGCGAGAAACUGGAGGCGACACUCCGGGUGUCCAGCAUACCCAAGCCGCGGAGCACCGUCAUCAUCGCGGACAUAAGCCAGCAAUCUUCCGGGCGCUUCUACACGCCGCGCACCAGUCCAUUUCAAUUGGACGAGCUGCCCAUUAGGAAACUGGGCUGUUGUCGCGUGGAACAGUUGGCAGUCAUUCAGCUGCGGGCACGCAUCAUGGGCACCGUAUGCCAUGUGGGCUUGGUGCAAGAGUUUCGCAUCGAGACGAAAACCCUGAAUGAGCUGAAGACAGCGGAUGAGUCGCAAUGCUUCUAUUUGCCGGCGCCCAAGGAGGAACCUGCGCUGACCGCCGCCAACGAAGCUGAUGCCCUGCAGCCCACCAACUUUCGCAAGCUACGCGAGAAUCCCAACAUGCUGCUGCAGCAACUGCGCCAAGUGCCUGGCUCUGGCAGACCCUUCAAUCUCCUGGACCAGGACACCAUGUUCUUCAACAGUCUGGCCUAUGCGGAUGCAAAAACGUUGGCGGCUGCCCCCAGCGCUGCCGAGCAACUCCUCGAGGUGGCCACUCGAGAGACGGGCGGCGGUGGAGCAACCAUGGCCCAUUAUGGCGGUGCCAUCGCCUACUCACGCCUCUCGUUGAGCCGCAAUGUGGGCGUGGCAACUACCGCUGCAGGGAGAUCAGCAGAGGGACCAAUUAGAUGCUCUAGCCAGGUGAACAAUACCACGCAAACGGAGUUCGAAGUGCCCAGGCUGGGCAAACUGUCGGAAGCGGAACCGGAAGUGGAGCCGGAAACGGAAACGGAAAUCAGUUCACCCGACUACACACCGAAUCCCAGUCCCCGGCUGAGCAAGCGCAAGAAACUGGAGGAGUCGCGAGUCAAGGAUGGUGGCCAAGAUGUGAUGAAAUCCCAUUUGAAUGCGAGACCAAUGAAGAUGAGGAAUACGAUGCGUCGACGGGCGCCGGAGCCGCCCAUUAGGUGUCGCGUGGAGCCCAAGGUGCGAUUGAAGUUGUUCAAAACCGUAUUGGUGGGCAUGGUGCAAGUUGCUGUUAUACUCGUGCUCAUCAUGGCCUUCACCUAUCCGGAUGUCAGCUGCUGAGCCACGACAACUAAUCAGCCAACGAUCCAGCAGCCCAAGAUGACAAAAGCAUAAUAGUAAAUACAAAACAAAUAUAGAACAAAAAAAAAUAAGCAGCUGGAAGAGCAGAAGAACAGAAGAGAUGCAAAAGCCAAUCCACUGAAGAACGCCGAUAACCGAUUCGGUGUUUGAUUUCACACAGAUGUUUUCGAAUUAAUUGUUUUCUUACUGGCGAUGCCAAGCGAUGCCAAGCGAUGCCAAGCGAUGCCAAGUCGAUCAAUGUUAAUAAAAUUUCAUGUGUAUUGCGAACCGUAAGCGCCCCAGCACCAAAAACCGAUUCGAUACUGUAUCGGUUAGGCGAAGCGGUUAAGCGAAACAAUAUAAAAGCA